UCACGCCCAAUGUCAGAAACUGAACUGAUAGUGCUUGGAAAAGGGUUAGGAUUUUGUCCACGAUAUAAUUCGCAUGAUAAGGUUCGAUUAGCGGAAGAAGUUUUUCAUUUUUCAAGACGUUUAAGACUAAAAGAAUACUUCAACGAUUUGUAUAAAAAUGAUAACAACGAAAGCGAUGAUAAUAACCAAAAAGAAGAAUAUCAAAAUUUGCCGUUCUAUAAUAAAACAUCAUCUACCUUUACCCCACCUAGCGGGAGAGACAUUUAUUUGGAUUUUUAUAUUGAGGCUAUAAGUAAUGAAAUUAUGCACUCUUCUAAACAAAAACGGUUUCGUCCUAAUAUAUCCAAACAAGAACUCCAGUCGCUUAAAGACCUAUCUCGUGAUACAAAUAUUAUUAUCAAAAAGGCAGACAAAUCCAAUACCAUCGUUAUAAUGGACAAACAGAAGUACAUCGACGAAGUGAAUCGACAACUGAACGAUGAGCGAUAUUACAAAAAAGUAGAAAAGGAACAACAUAAUUUGACUAAGUUAAAAAUAGAAGAAUGUGUAAAUGAAAUACAGGAAAAUAAUGUAAGCAUUACUAAACAAUUUGACAUGUUCCCGUCUACUAUUCGUACACCUCAAUUUUACAUUUUACCGAAAACGCAUAAAUCAUAUGAUGAGAAACUUCCUCUUGGAUACCCUGGUCGUCCCAUUGUUUCAGCAUGUAGCUCCAGUACUGAGAACAUAGCGAAAUACCUAGACUUUAUUUUAAAUCCUUAUAUGCAAAGUUUGCCUUCCUAUAUCAAGGAUACCACCGACUUUAUAAAUAAGGUUCGUAAUCUUAAAUUAAACAAAGACACCUAUCUAGUUACCCUUGAUGUUUCAUCAUUAUACACAAAUAUCCCUCAUAAUGAAGGUAUUGAAUCUUGUAUAUAUUUUUUACAGAAAGAUAAAGGAAACAAUAACAUCAAAGCUAAUGAUAUAAGGAAAUUGUUAAAUAUUGUUUUACAUAAUAAUUGCUUUGAGUUUAACGAUCAGAGUUAUUUACAAACCAUGGGCACAGCAAUGGGAAGCCCUAUGGCACCUUCUUAUGCUUCAUUAUUCAUGGGUAGACUAGAAGAGCAAUUUCUUAACUUUACUUAUGUAAAACCUGAUGUCUGGUUACGUUUCCUAGAUGAUAUUUUUAUGAUUUGGAAUGAUUCUUUGGAAACGCUAAACUUUUUUAUAGAUUCCUUAAAUAGUUUCCACCCGAAUAUUAAAUUCACUUACAAUAUUUCUAAAAGUUCGGUACCUUUUCUUGAUGUUUCUGUAUCUAAAGACGAACAGGAAAAAUUGUUUAUUGCCAAUUUAAUGACUGAAGUAUGA